AUGAAGCCACAAGACAUGAAAAUUUUCUUUUCUGAAUAAAGAUUGUGGAAUAAAGAGCUCCCCUUUCAUCUGCGAGACCAGAAAAUACAGCUACCAAAGAUCAAUUUCAACCGAGGGUAUUUAGUAGAUUUUCUUUUCAGUGAGAUCAGUAUGGCUGAUGAUGAUGAUUUCACCUUUUGUCGAGUUGGGGUUCCCGCCAUUGACGAUAGUAUUGAAACCAAUGAUGUUGCUCUGGAUGUUAGCGGGAUUCAGAUAAAUGAUGACAGUGUGAAAGCUGCAGAUGGAAGUAGUAGUCAGAAAAGUGGUAGUAUAUGGAAAGAUAAUACUGUUUCUCAGAAGAAGGGAACUGUUGGUUCGUUGUCUUUUAAUGUUAUUGAUGCAUCACCUAAAAUUGAAGUAAAUGAACCUCCCAAACCUGCGACAAAUGAAGUCCCUGGAGGUUCAAUUAAGGCUUCUCAGGCACAGAAGACUCCUUCAAAGAAGCCAGUGCAGCGAGCCAAGGUUCCUUUCGAGAAGGGGCACAGCCAGAUGGACUGGCUUAAGCUUACCAGAAUGCAUCCAGACCUAGCAGGAUUAAAGGGACAAUCAAAUAAGAGACUUGUAUCUUUGAAUGAAGUGAAACAGAAUCAAUCUGAAGGUUCCAUGUGGACUGUUCUUAAAGGACGUGUCUAUAAUAUAGCCCCGUACAUGAAAUUUCAUCCAGGAGGUGUCGAUAUGCUGAUGAAGGCAGUUGGAAAAGACUGCACAGCAUUAUUCAAUAAGUACCAUGCUUGGGUAAAUGCAGAAUUUAUGUUGGAGAAAUGUUUGGUGGGUAUUUUAGACGAGGGCCAUUGAAGAGUAGAAGUAUGUAUUUCGAUUGGAGAAAAAAGACUCCUAAUAUAUCUCCUGGGACAUUUUUUAGAAGCUUUAGUCAAGAGCAAGACAAUCAAUAAACAGGGUACAUAUUGUUUCACUGGGAUCAAACCCAAGAUAAUUUUAUGAACACUGUAUCAUUUUUACUGUUGUUGAAUAUGUAAUCUUGAUUAUAGACUGUAAUAAUCAUUUUUUACAUUGUGUCACGUGAUAAUACAUAUUGGACAAUUUAAAAUAA